GUCGUGCGAGCGGACAGAUUCGUGUACGAGAAUGCCAAGAAUGCGACUGGAAGUACAAGCGGGAAUGGUUACAGCAGGUUCGGCAUUAUGGGAAUUUGGCAAGCAAUGCUCCUCGUGGCCAAAAUGCUGGCAGAGGGUUGGGACAACCCGGGCGAUCUGCAACAAGCUGCGGCUGACUGCGUUGGCCCAAACAUCCCGCCACCGGGCUUGACUUAUGCUUGCAGGCUUCUGUGGCUGAGCAGGAUGUGGAGAAUUCCUGGCUACCAUCACUCGUGUGAAUAUCCAGAUCUGCUCCAUUGCCUCUAUUUGGGGACUGUGAGAGAGGCCACAGCCUCUCAUGUUAUGGAGCUGGCCACAUAUUCCCCGCAGCUGCAGGCCUACGAAACAUGGGAUGAGAGGUUGCACCAUCUGCAUGGCGACUUUCAGAUGUGGUGCAAAGAGCACCAGUUUCGACCCAGCCUUCUCGAUGGACUGAGUCUAAUCAAGCUGGGGGUCGAUGCGGUCUCAUUGGAUUAUCCACUGGGACCUGGAAAGGGGUGGGCCAAUCGCGUGCUGAUUGCAUACUUGGCCGAUCGGCUGUCUGCUCUUUCCGAAUCGGUUCCCGAGCUUCGAUUGGCGGCAGUGAAUACCUGGUCGAUAACAGCUUUCGCGAAUCUGCUGGACAACUGCCCGAUCUGGCUGACGGAUGAUCAGGCAAUUCUGGCACAACAGAAUCCUUGCUGCAUCGUGGUGCUGCAUGCUGCCUGCAGUUCCCAACUUUCGUGUUAUCCCGCUGUGAUGAUCCAAGGCUCGGCAGAUGGUAUUGCCACUCGUACAAAGUUCGGCCGAAGUUCCACCAGUUCCACUGUGAAGUCAUAU